CAACCCCCCUGUUCUGCGACGAGGAUUGCAGACUCGAGCCUAACCACGCCACCCAACACUGCAGAAAUCCCGCCCUCCAUCCCAGAAAAAGGGCCUGAAACCGGCCAAGUCGAAGAAUCCCAAGUCGCCGGGGUCGAAUCCAAACGACAAGCCGCCCGCGUCAGCGCAUGCGAGAUGGCAGGCUCCGCCAAUCCGGGAGAUUGACGCGGUCCUGGACCCCUUCUGCAGGUUCCCCGUGGAUGUGCCUGCAGACGGCCGUCGACUACUUCAUUUCUACAUCACCACGGUUUCCAGCAAGAUCUACGGGACCAAUCGCAACCCAGGUUUCAGCCCUGUCCGAGAUAUCAGUUUCGUCGCCGCCUUGACAUCCUCGUAUACGCUGCAAUGGAUGGUUAUUUCGGCAGAGGCGUUGCUUACGCGCUACAGAGGGGGACCCGAUCCGCAGUCGCUAUUUCGUCGCAAGGCCGUGGCCUACCUCUCGCUCAAAACAUAUCUGGAAAACUUCACGAGAGAAAAGGUCACGGAUGACUUCGUCAAUGGCCUCAUCAUGGCCAUUAUUGCCGAGUCGCGCAUCGCAGGCCCGGAAGUUUCGAAUAUACACCUGAGAGCCUAUGAAGCUGUCAUGAAGACGGGAGGAGGCCUCAGGCAGGUAGUCGCUGCUUGCUCGCGGCCGUUUGACCAGAUGAGCAACCUUAUGCCCUAUUUGAUCUGUGAGCCCCUGCCAGACGCCUUGGUCUUUUCUGAAGAGUUUGAGGACCAAGCGAUGGAUGUCCUCCGGACCAUAGCAAAGGGGGAGAAUCCGGUUGAUCCGGCAGAGCUCGUUUUCAAAGCGUCCCAUGACAUCGCACGACCCCAAGUAUUGCUCCUGUCCUUGCGAGGAUCCCUACCGCAGCAAAUCCGCCGCUUGCUACUGUUCAGCGUGAUUGCACCGUACCUGCGGGUUGACACAUGGGAACAACGCCUCUAUUCCCAAAAAUCGUCGCACUUCAUCUCCCUCUUUCUCCUGGUGUCGACGUUCUGGAAGCUGCGGGAGGAUCACAAAUCCCAGACCGCAUUCUUCAGCGGCUUGUACCGCUUGUUCAUGAACAGUGCCACUCAAGACCAGAAAGGCUCAUGGUUGCUGACCGACGAAGGCUUCUUUUGGGUUGUCGUCAAGGCGUGCUUUGACGUCUACACCAAUAUGAGUGAUAAGGAGGUGAGGUUGAAGAACUACAUCGAUUUUCUGGCCGAUGCUGUCUCUGCUCUGAAGCUUUUCAGGGUCACUCACGACAACGUCAGGAAAAGGAUGACCCUUUAUCUCCACCAGUGCCUCACAAGCGAAAAUGAGGCGCCAGAUUGAAGGGCGGCUAACCACCCGGACAAUAUAAUAUGUCAGCGUCAGCCUCAAUUAGUAAUUUGGGUCACUAGUCUGUUUGCGCCCAUCUACAACGGGCAGUCGACGCGCUCCAUCCCCACCAACCCAAACCAAGGCCAGGAUCCUUCUACUAAACUCUACAAGCGAAGCGGCCGCUCCAGAAGUCGGGCAGUGAAAAGCCAGUGUCGCUGAAGCAGUGUUCCGGCUCGGCCCAUCCAUCCUUUUACUUACCGUGGCCAUCAAGACAUAUGGUCCAAAUCGUUACACGAGUUAUCUGCACCGAGCUCACGGUUGCGAGGUGCGAGCUUCACUGUUGCGUGAACCACUGAUUUUCAAGAGAGAGAGAGGACAGUCUGACACCUCUCUACGACUGAUGGCCUACGGACCUGGCCGUGAUGGGCGUGCCCCUUUACCUCAACCAUCCAAAAGUGUGCACCGCAGCCUCCUUCCGGCGGCGGUAAUGCCAAAUGCCUGCUUGCGAUGACUGCAGAGUUCCGAGAGAAGGGCAACAAACCAAAUGGUUGUCGAUACCACCUCGAUGCGAUGAACCAUCCUUUGCAACGAUCUACAUGCAUUUGGCAUUCAGUCGAGUGAUAGACAGUUAUGGUACUGUCAAAUGAAAUGAGGUUGUCGCCGUCCAUGAACCAAGAUCAACCCUCCACUGACAAUGUGUGUUUGGCACAAACAUGUAUCUUGCUGGCUAACGACUGAGAAUUGCAUCCUUUGAAAACGUCACUCUUUUGACACAAGUUGUUCCCUUCCGGCAGAGGAAACCGUGUCGGAACGCCAACGGCGGUUUGAUUUCGUGUGCUUCGAGAUCUUUCAUCCAUUGAACCAAAGUGUGGAUGUCACCUAGCGAGAGUAUGGUUGGAGCCAUGAAGCUUUGCACAAGCAGACGUGCGGCAACCUCUUGUACAGGCUUUUCGUCCUUGGCAGACGACGAGAGCUGUUUCAAGCGCAAUAGCCAAUGCUGAGCACUGGGGAUAAUUCUGUCAUUGCCCAUUGUCGAGCCAGGUAGAGGCAAUUUGUCCAACUGUCCUCCAAAGCUUCCCAUCCGAUCUCCGCAUCAAAUUCUGAGGGAAGAACAACAAAGCUUUGAAUGAAGCUACGGAACUUGCAUCUGCUAGACGUCUCUGGCCGAUUAAUGGGAAGAUAGCUGCCGAGCAACUUGUGAUUGGCUUGUUGUGCUGCUCUCAAGACUUCUCGAAACCGCCUGCAGAUGGAUCAUGGCGGUGUUAGAAAGGAAAGACCCUUGGGGGUGGGACAGGCUCGGAGAGGGGUCAUGGGGUGAAGAUGCAUGGAGAACGGAGAUUGCGUCUAUGAGAACAUGUAUAUCAUUGAGCAUACCGACAUGCUCAGGACGGUGGAGAUCUCACCAACUUUGUUCUUGUAAGGAUUUGAAGGCAGCAUUGACAUCUUCCAACACGCUUUCCUCAACGA